UGAUCUGACGCUGCUCGUGCCCGCUCAGCCUUUGCUAUUUUUUUAUACAGCAUUUUGCUCUCUCUACUUUUGAGACAUAUUGGUUAUUUUUACUGGAAAAUGGCGGACACAUUGGAGGAAGACCAAUGUUACGGCUUGUCAUCUCGCAGACUGAACCAUGGCGCUAACAUCUCUAUUUUUCAUGUCAAACUCACUGACAGCGCAGCAAGAGCUUUUGACAACUAUGAAGACAACAAGGGCCUGCCUGCGCAGCAUUCUAUCUGUUUCACAGGCAACCAAGGGAAAAUCACCCUCCCUUCUACAGACACAGAGAGCGCCGUUGAACUAAGGACGUUCACCUUCUAUCUGACUAACAUUGGCCGGGACAAUCCACAGUGCAGCUUUGACCUCAUCCACAACCAUAACACAAGCGAUGACGAGGCGCAGUUGUCGUGUGUGGGAGUCAUCCAGAGGAAGCUGACAGUGAACGCUACGGACGAGUCAUACUGCAAGGCACUGCAGAGCCUGGCCCAGGCCGAGGAGGAGACUCGCAGCAAGGGGGCCAUCGUCAUCAAGCCUGGGGGACGCUACCUGGGAAAGAAGGGGAAGAUUCGAGCCCCGCCCUCUGCUUUGACUGACAUCGCUACGUCCCGCCUCUCGUCCCGGCCCGUCCUGGUCACCAGCUCCAGGAGGAAGGGUGUGAGUGUGUCCAAGCCCAAGAGUUUGUCCGAGGGGACUGAGGUGGUGGUGUCGGUGCAGCGGCCCCUGAGGGAGCGGCUCACACACCUGCUGGGGCUGAGGCCGUACCGGAGACCGGAGCUGCUGCUCAGGUUGCAGAAGGACGGACUGACCGAGAGGGACAAGGACAUGCUGGACACACUGCUGCUGCAGGUGGGCCAGCUUAACAGCAGAGACAACACGUACACCCUGAAGGAGGAUCUUUAUAAGGAGCUCCAGAAAGACUGGGGUGGCUACACCACAGGAGACCAGCAGCUCCUCAAGAGGAUCCUGGUCAAAAGGCUAUUUCAGCCCCAGAACCUCUUGUCGGUCCCUGAGACCCAGGUCAGCCCCCUCCGGGACACACCCAACUCCUCACCUGCACAGAAAUAUUCAAUCGCAGAAGAAUAUACAGAUCCCCUGGCCAAUAAGAAGCCAAGGAUUUCUCACCUGUCCAGUAAGGCAACCAACGGAAAACAGGGUACAAGCCUGUCCAAUCGGAAAGAAGCAGGUCAUGGAGUCCAGGUUACUAUAGCAACAAAGGUCGACAGCAGUGUGACCUCGUCUGACUCAAAACUCCCCUUUGACCCACCAUCAAGGGUCAUGACCCAGGAAGAACAGGCACCCUCCGGGGAGUUAGGUUCAGGAGGCUCCGCCCCCCGGCUGCCUCCAGGUCGAGGCGGCAACAGGCCCAGUAGGAAGAGCCGGCACAGGGAAGGAGACGAGAGGCUGGGGGGCCGAGACAAGGGAAGAGGAGGGGCCAAAACACUCAGUCUGAAGCACAAAGAGCACAAUGGAAUGUUCUUCAACCCAAGUGUUCUUCCGGCCAAUGACAUGACAGACUACUUAUUGAAGUACACAGUGAUAUGUAACCAGGACCAGAGACAGAGAUACAAGCAGGACUUUAACAAAGAGUACAAAGAUUACCUGGAUUUACACUCACGUAUCGACUGUGUGACACGGCAGUUUACAGAGCUGGACACACAGCUCAAACAGCUGCACCACGGAACGCACAAAUACCAGACCCUCCAUAACCAAAUCGUACAAGAAUACCGCAAAAUAAAAAAGUCAAAUCCUAACUACAAACAAGACAGGCGUCGCUGUGAGUACCUGCACAACAAGUUGGCUCACAUUAAGAGGCUAAUCUCCAAACACGACCAAAGACAACUCAAGAACUGAUUCUGGACCUGCAUGGAUGGCGGUCACCAAAGUAAACAUCAAAGAGAGUCAGAACAAUUGAACUGAAGAGCCACUUAUAUGUAAACAUGAUGGGACAUGACACCUCGCCUCCUUCAGAGUCGUAUAAAGGAGAUCUCAUGAGUUGAACAUCUACAGUAUUGGUUGACAUCAGUUUUAUUAUUCCCCAGGACUUACUGACUGCACUUGCUAUUUAUCCUAUAUUUAUACCAAGGUGUCAGCUGAAUCCCUUUAACUAGUAUUUAUCAAUUUUUACUGUAAAUUAGACUUAUGUUUUUGAAGUGAUGGUAUUGAACCUCUGCAUGAUAGGACUAAUCUACUGUACCUUCACAGUGUUUUACAUUGCCAACUUACAUUGGCAUCUAGCCUUUUGAUGUCUCUUAAAAAUGUUCGUCAACACAACAAUGGUAUUAAAACGUUAUAAAAUA